AUGGCUCAGGCGAGGGGAGCGGAGGGGCGCCAUCUGGAGCGGGGCGAGGCGGCGGCGGUGGCGGCGGCGGCGGCGCGCGGUCCCGGCGAGGGGCGCGGCGGCUUCGCGGGAACUUGUCCGGAGCACGCGCUAGCGCUGGACUGGUUCUGCUGUGGCGGGAGGCGGCUCGUAUGCGCCCAGUGCCCGACUUGCCCGGGCGGCUGCCGGGGCCACCGCCUGCGCCCACUGGCCGAAGAGGCAGCCGAGCGGAGGAACAAGAUUGUGGACCAGUGUGAAAGUCUUCAGCUACAGAGAGCCACCAUUGCAAGAUUCGUGGGGGAGGUACUGCCAGAGAAGGAACAGCAUCUUGUGAGUACAGCCAGCAAUGCCCGUGAGGUUCUGAUCCAGCGCCUGAACCUCGUGAGGAGCGUGUGUGAGAGCGAGGAACAGCGGCUGCUGGAGGUGGCACACACUGAGGAGGAGCGGGCCCAUCAAAACCUGCUGACCCAGCAGGUCCACUGGAACGAGUCGCUGCAGAAACUGGAUUCCCUCCGGACUUACUUGGUGGCUAUGAUCACCACCACAGAUGACCACAGCCUCGUGCAAGCAGAGGAGGAAAUAUUUGAGAGGACAGAGGAAGCAGAGGGCAUCUUGAUGCCACAGGAAUCGGAGAGGCUAAACUUUAAUUCACGGUGCAUCCAGAGUCCAUUGCUGAGCCGGUUAUGGGCUGCAGCUGUUCUCUGCUGGGCCUCAGAUGAAGUCCACGUUGACGAGAAAACCAUCAACCCCCUCUUGGUGCUCUCGGAAGACAAGAGAACGUUAACCUUCAGCCCCAAGAAAGCCAGGACUACUCUGGAUGGCCCUGCGAGGUUUGACCACUGGCCCAACGCCUUGGCGACAGAAUCCUUCUGUGCCGGCAUUCACGCCUGGAGAGUCGGCGUGGCCAAAAGCUGCGCUUACAAAUUGGGGGUCUCAUACUCCUCACUGCAGCGCAAGGGCUCAGGCCCUGAAGCCCGCCUGGGUUGCAACCCUGUCUCCUGGGUCUUCUCCCACUACGAUAAGGAGUUCCAGUUUUCACAUAACAACCACCAUCAGACGGUGCAGCUGCUCAAGUGCCCGGCAGAAAUUGGGGUCCUGGUUGACUUGGAUGCAGGAGAGCUGUUGUUUUACGACCCCGAAUCCUGUGCUGUUCUCUACACACACCAUGAAGCCUUCACCAGCCCCAUCUACCCGGCCUUGGCUGUGGCGGAUCGAAGUAUUUCUCUGAUGUGGUGAGAGUGAGAUCUGGCUGGUGUGUGGGGAGCCCCAUCAGGGUGCAUUUCUCUUCUUAAAGCUGCAAAACUGUUAUUUUCUAAAAAUGCACAGGGCCGAAUUAUCCUACAGAGUAAUAGAUGGCGUAAUGGUUCCUUACAAUUCAGUACACCACACAUCUUACCUGAUGUGUUGAGAAAUCCUCUUUCAUGUGCAAACCUUCUCUCUCGGGGUGGAUAUCUCACUCUGGAGUAGAGUGAUUGCCUGUAUGGGUUUUAUGUCUGCGCAUGUGUCAGCGUCAGGAAUUAGUUUGCCAAGAAGGACCUCCAGUGCAUGGCAGUGAUUGACUGCGAAAGACUUGUGAGAACUGAUCCAGCUUAUUUAGCAAUACUACCACAAGUCUGUUGAAAAAGGACAAGCAUGGGGGGAAAGGAGAAUAGCCAGUGCUAAGACAAAAGGUAAUUCUGCACUCAGGAAAGACAGAUUUUGCAUUAUGUAAA